AUGCCGACGAUUGGGACCACCGAAAUGCCGGUGGUGAAUUUCGAGCUCGUCGAUCCCGGCGCUCUGCUUCUUGAUUGUCCAGCGGCGUGCAAACCUGGAUGGAAAUAUUACAACUCAAAAUGCUAUCGGAAGUUCAACACAGUCGCCACGUACGCGCAAGCGAAAUCGAAUUGUAUUGCGAAAGGCGGAAAAUUGGUGGAGAUCGGCUCGUUCGAUGAGAACGAAGCCCUUCGAAAAGAAUUCGAUUCAAAUGUUGUCGUUGGUGCUCCAAAACAAUCGUGGAUCGGAUUGAGAGCCGACGGCACCGAUUGGAAAUGGAACAAUGAGAAUCCGGCGACGUUCAGCAAUUGGGCGCCCACCGAACCUGCCGGUUCCGAGAAAUGCGUUCAAAUGAUCACCGACACGAUGAAAGCUGAAAAAUACAAAUUCGAGCGAGGCGGCUGGAAGACAUUCGGUUGCGGAAAAACGACCUCGAGUCAUAUUUGUGAGAUGCCUGCUGGCUUAAGAUUGGAUCUACCAUGGAUCAUAAUUUUAAUCCAAUUCAUUGUAAUUAUCGCAAUGCUCAUCUCAAUUUUCGCCUAUUUAAUAACCAAACCAACUUCUGAGAUGGCAAUGCCUGAGGACUCAUCAACAAAGACUUAUGAGAAUUUCGAGCUUCAAACCCAUCCUCAAAGCUCUUCAAUAGCUUUUCGCCGUCGAUUCAAGUCAUCUACUGUUCAGCCGCAAUCAAUUGAUAUCGAUUUUUCGGAGGAUAUAUUCGAAGAGGAUCCAAAAAAAAUUGAGCCAAUUCGAAAACAGAGUAGCCCGGUUAUUGUGAAUUCAAUUGAAAGCGAGCACAGCUCUGAAUAUGAGCAUUUUGAGUCGGAGAAUUUAAGGACGGCUGUUACCAGCGAAAGUGCGGUGUGCUCGGAAUUCGGGAGAAGCGUUCUCGUUCGCGGUGGGAACGCCGUCGAGGCUGCAAUUUGCACAAGCUUCUGCUUGAUGGCGACGCUUCCUGAUCGGGCGUCAUUAGCUGGUGGGAUGAUGAUGGUGGUGAGCAAUCCGAAUGGAAGUGUGAUCAGUAUUAAUGCAAGAGAAAGUGCACCAAUGGCGGUGAGCAUCGAACAAUUAAGGAAGAAGCCGAAAUUGUCACAAACUGGUGCCAAAGCGAUCGGAGUCCCGGGAGCUGUCAACGGCUUAUGGCGAGCCUUCGAGAAAUUCCAAUCGGGCACAAUAAUGUGGAAGCAUUUGAUGAUUCCAACGAUUCAACUCUGCGCCAAAGGUGUCGACGUUAACAAGGAGCUCGGAUCGCAGCUUCAAAAAUAUGUGACGUUGAUCAAUAGUUCGGAAACAUCGAGGCAAAUGCUUAUGAAGCCUGACUCGAACACACCGUUGUCGGAAAGCGAUCGAUUUCAAUGCAACUCAUUGGCGUCGACAUUAUCGGAACUCUCAGAAUAUGAUAAUCCAUUAGAUGGAUUCUAUAGAGGCGAGCUCGCGAGAAAAUUGGUCAAUGAUAUUGAAGACGGUUACCUCAGUCUCAGUGACAUGGAAGAUUAUGAGUGCGACGUCAAUGAAGCGCUGUGUACAACCGUUGACAUCGGAACAAGACUUUGUGGUCCGGGACCACCUUCACUCUUUCCAUUGCUUGUCCAUGACUAUCUAACCACAAAAAAUAUGGUCAGCCUUCGCAAAAUUGAGGAAAUUAUCAAAUCAAACAUGCGAUUUGCCAAAAAUCUCGCCGAUCCCGUAUUUCAUAAACCAUCUAAGGGGUUUGCCGAGAGCUUAAUGAAAAAGCUGAAGCUAGGAGAUGAAGCUGAUUUCAAAGAAGUGAAGGUAGAUUUCGCUGAGAGCGGCUCCACUAGCAUAUUCGUCGUCGAUGAGCAUAAUAUGAAAGUGAGCAUGACGCUGUCGAUUGGAAGCUCGUUUGGAAACGGUCAGAUGUCGUCGAUGGGAUUCUUCUGGAAUAAUCGAUUGCGAUAUUUCGAUUUGGCGAAUGAGAAUCAGCCGAAUUCGUUGCAACCUGGAAAAGUGCCAACGGCGGCGCUUUUCCCAAUUAUUGUGAUGAGGAAUCGGACGGUAUCAUUGAUCAGCAGCGGAAAUGAUAUAACAUCAUUGGUCCACGUGCUCCGUGAGUUCACUCAUCGCAACUUCGACUCGUCUCGUAUUCCGCCAACCCUCUUCAUUCAAAACUCCGUCGUAACGUCUCUCAAAUCAAGAUCGCAAAAUGUGAAACUAGCAGGAUAUUAA